AUGGGAAAAACUGCGCGACGGUCAGUAGAUGAAUCGCCGUCGUCGCCAUCGAGCUCAUCAUAUCUAUUUAAUCAGCAGCAUCAGCAACAAUCACAAACAACUAUAGCAGGUCAAUCGUUGAGGACUUAUUUUAUAAAGAAUAAUUUGCAUACAACGUCGUCAUACGGCGAGUCACUGAGUCAAAUUAAAAAUGUUGAAAACAGAUCAGUAUCGACCGCUGCACCUACAUCACUUAAUAGUACAACAUCAUAUACAAAAACAUCGAAUACAGCGUCACAAUCAGAGAAAAUUCUCGCAACUCAGAAACCUUCAACAACAACUUAUAAAGCUUUUACGACAACCUAUAAGUCAACUACGUCAACGCGUGUUUAUAGCUACCAUAAUGGACGAAAUGAGACGAGAGAGGCGAUGCGUGCUGAGUUCUUUGCAACUUAUGAUGUUAUGACUGGAGUAAGAAUUGCCGCCACACUUGGUGGAUUCUUCUUAUUUAUGGUAUUUUUAAUCGUAUAUAAGAGUCGUAGUCAUUCUGUUAAAGCUUUACAGGAUCCCCAAAUAUGUGCACGUGCAGCUGCAGCAGUACAAGAAGAAGAGGACCGUGAAAUGCAAGAAGCAUUUGAGAAAACGGCAUUUUCCUUAUAUCAAGACGAGCUUGAACUUCCUCCAAUGCCUAUUAACUUUGGUCUCAAUCGAGAUCGCAUAGCUUCAGUAGGAAAUGUUAGUUGUCCACCAUAUUUAAUCAAUCCUAAUCUUAGAUUUUCCUCAAUCGGUGGUUAUAGUACACUUUUAGAGCCACCGCGACGUUAUUCCGAUAUGGGACGCAAUCGUCGUCAAAGUAGUACAGAAUCAUCUAGGAUACUUAGUGCCUAUCAUUUAAACGAUAAUUAUAGUAAUCAAAAUGAAAACUUCUUUAACGAAAGCGAUUGUGAGGAGGCGGACGAUGAGUUUGAUCAGAGAUUUACAACUACAGCUGAAAUAGCAUCAUAUCCACAUGGUUUAUUAUCUGUGCCAAGAGGUAUCGACUCACGACGUAGUAGUGGAAUGACAUGUUGCAGUACUGAAAGUUCAUUCUUGGAGCGGAGAUUUUCAGCAAUAACAUUAGGUUUAAGUUCAUUGCCACCCGUAUCACGUAAUUCAUCACGACGACCAAGUCGUGAAACAUCGUGGGAUUAUGAUUAUCAUACGGCUUUAGCAUAUCCAGGCAUACACAUCAUAGAAGCAACUCCAAAAUCGUCACCUUGUCCAAGCGAACGUCAAUCGCAUUUAAGUGGCGGUUCUGUAAAGGAUCAUAUAAAAGUACUCGAUCGUUUUAAGCGACGAAGACAUGAAGAUAAUUCAAUAGAUUCAAUAAGUGAAUAUCCUGAUGAGAUAAGUAAUAACAAUCAUCAGCAGACACAACAAAUAUAUCAUGGUAGCGAUAGUAGACAAUUGUCUGAUAAUGUUGUUAAUUUAAAUAGCAAUAUACACCAAAGUAAAACGUCGAUGUCUAGUAAUAGUAAAAUAGAAGACAACGAUGACACAUGUCAUCAAAAUAAUAAAGUAAAUACAGUAGCUGCGACUGUAGUUCCUACAGAUCCAAUUCGAAGGGCACCGUUAGCAUCGUUGAGUUCAUUUAAAAUGUCAUCAAUCGAAUGUGCUGACUCUGCAAAUGGAUCUGUUUUUGAUGAAAGUUGUGCCGAUACGGAUGAUGAUCUUGAACAGUUUAGCACCGAUAGUGAUGAGAUAAGUCUGCAAAGUCCUCCAUCAACAGAUCAACAUAUUCCUAGUGGCAGUAGUACAAUAAAAUGUGAUAACUCUGUUAUAAUGAAAAAUAGCGAGAUAGCAGGUACCUUAUUGCCCUGCAAUCAUCCGCAAAAUAAGUACGAAACGAUUAGAAGUUCAUCAUCAUGUGAAAUCGAAAGACAGCAGCGAUCAAAUGACAAAUUAUCGACGAUACGACCCAUUAUUAGUUAUGAUAAAAUUAAAAUUAAUGAGAAUAUUAAAAAUAAUAAUAAUAUUAAAAUUAAUAAUAGUAGAAAUAUCAAUAAGAAAUCAAGUAGUACCGAAUGUGUUGCAAUUAACGUUGUAGAUUAUAAAAAUGAAAGUUCUUUUAUAAAAUCAUCCGCCCCUAGAUCUUCUUCUGCUGUGAUUCUUGAAAUGCCCAUUUUGGUGACGCAAGAUGACGACAAACAAGCACCACAACAAAUGGAAAUUCAACAGCCACAUCUUUUCGAAACAGAUGAUAUUGUGGCGACAUUUGAUCCAUCAUUGCCAGGUCCCUCGUCUCGAAAAUGGUCUAAAGAAACACUUUUCUGA